AUGGCGCAGCCUCUCGUGAAGAAGGACGAUGAUCGCGAUGACGAAGAAUACUCUCCGUUUCUAGGGAUUGAGAAGGGUGCUGUUCUCCAGGAGGCUAGGGUUUUCAAUGAUCCUCAGUUGGACUCCAGGAGAUGUUCGCAGGUCAUCACAAAGCUUCUGUAUCUUCUAAAUCAAGGGGAAACAUUCACAAAGAUUGAAGCCACAGAAGUUUUCUUUGCCGUCACGAAACUUUUCCAGUCAAGAGACAUAGGCUUAAGGAGAAUGGUUUAUUUGAUGAUAAAGGAGCUUUCUCCCUCUGCCGAUGAGGUUAUUAUUGUCACUAGCUCUCUUAUGAAGGACAUGAAUAGCAAGACUGACAUGUACCGGGCAAACGCUAUACGUGUUCUCUGUCGUAUUACAGAUGGAACACUUCUGACCCAGAUUGAGAGAUACUUGAAACAAGCAAUUGUUGACAAAAACCCAGUGGUUGCAAGUGCAGCCCUUGUUAGUGGAAUCCAUUUACUUCAGACAAACCCGGAAAUAGUGAAGAGGUGGAGCAAUGAGGUGCAGGAAGCUGUUCAAUCAAGGGCUGCUCUUGUACAGUUCCAUGCCCUUGCUUUGCUCCAACAGAUACGACAAAAUGAUCGGUUAGCUGUCAGCAAGCUGGUUACCAGCUUGACAAGGGGGACAGUUCGUUCACCUUUGGCUCAAUGCCUGUUGAUUCGUUAUACUAGUCAGGUCAUCAGAGAAUCAAGUGUGAACAACCAAACUGGAGAUCGCCCAUUUUAUGACUAUCUUGAGGGAUGUCUUCGCCACAAAGCUGAAAUGGUUAUUUUUGAAGCAGCUAGGGCAAUCACAGAGUUAAGUGGUGUAACUAGUCGAGAAUUGACUCCAGCAAUUACUGUUCUGCAGCUCUUCUUGAGUUCUUCGAAGCCGGUGCUUCGAUUUGCUGCUGUCCGAACUUUGAACAAGGUAUCAAUGUCACAUCCUAUGGCUGUAACAAAUUGCAAUAUAGAUAUGGAGAGCUUGAUUUCGGAUCAAAAUAGAAGCAUAGCAACUCUUGCUAUUACCACACUGCUAAAAACUGGGAAUGAAUCUAGUGUUGAACGGUUGAUGAAACAAAUUACCAAUUUCAUGUCUGACAUUGCUGAUGAGUUCAAGAUUGUUGUGGUGGAAGCAAUUAGAUCAUUGUGUAUAAAGUUCCCCCUCAAGUACAGAUCCCUGAUGAAUUUCUUAAGCAAUAUACUGAGGGAAGAAGGUGGAUUUGACUACAAAAAGGCAAUUGUUGAUUCUAUUGUGAUCCUUAUUAGAGAUAUCCCAGAGGCAAAAGAAAUUGGGCUGAUUCAUCUUUGUGAAUUCAUCGAGGAUUGUGAAUUUACAUAUCUUUCUACACAGAUCCUCCAUUUUCUUGGAAUUGAGGGACCGAAGACCUCAGAUCCUAGUAAAUACAUAAGGUAUAUCUAUAAUCGAGUAAUACUUGAGAAUGCAACAGUUCGGGCUAGUGCAGUGAGCACAUUGGCAAAGUUUGGUGCUACGGUUGAUUCAUUGAAGCCCCGCAUAUUUGUGUUGUUGAGGCGUUGCCUCUAUGACAUUGACGACGAGGUCCGUGAUAGGGCUACUUUGUAUCUGAAUACUAUCACAGAGGAUAGUUCAGUUGUUGAAAGCGAUAAAGAUGUGAAGGAAUUCUUAUUUGGGUCACUUGAUGUCCCACUGGUCAACCUAGAGACAAGUUUGAAGAACUAUGAGCCUUCAGAAGAAUCUUUUAAUAUUGCUUCUGUGCCCAAGGAGGUUAAAUCUCAGCCACUUGCAGAGAAGAAAGCCCCAGGUAAAAAGCCAACUGGCUUGGGUGCUGCUCCGACAGCUCCUGCAUCAACAGUUGAUGCUUAUGAAAAGUUGCUUUCUUCUAUCCCAGAGUUCUCAAACUUUGGAAAGCUUUUCAAGUCCUCAGCACCUGUGGAGCUUACAGAAGCUGAAACUGAAUACGCAGUUAAUGUUGUCAAGCACAUUUUUGAUAGCCAUGUUGUUUUUCAGUACAAUUGCACCAAUACAAUUCCUGAACAGUUGCUGGAAAAUGUCAGUGUUAUUGUGGAUGCUUCAGAAGCUGAGGAAUUUUCUGAAGUAGCAUCCAGGCCAUUAAGAUUGCUUCCAUACGACUCACCAAGGCAGACAUUUGUGGCAUUCGAGAAACCAGAAGGUGUCCCUGCUGUUGGAAAAUUCUCAAACAUGUUGAGGUUCAUUGUUAAAGAGGUUGAUCCAUCUACUGGCGAGGCUGAGGAUGAUGGUGUGGAAGAUGAAUACCAGCUGGAGGACCUUGAGGUUGUUGCAGCAGAUUACAUGCUAAAAGUAGGGGUCUCCAAUUUCAGGAAUGCCUGGGAAAGCAUUGGCCCAGAUUAUGAGCGGGUAGACGAAUAUGGUCUUGGGCCUAGGGAAAGCUUGGCAGAAGCUGUGAGUACGGUCAUCAACCUUCUUGGCAUGCAGCCUUGUGAAAGCACAGAGGUUGUCCCAAGUAAUUCAAGAUCCCACACAUGUCUGUUGUCGGGUGUGUACAUAGGCAAUGUGAAGGUACUUGUUCGGCUGUCAUUUGGAAUUGAUGGACCAAAAGAGGUAGCAAUGAAGCUGGCUGUCAGAUCUGAGGAUGAAUCCGUUAGUGAUGCCAUUCAUGAAAUUGUAGCAAGCGGCUAG